UCAAGUAUGUGAACUAGAUAAGCAGAACGCGGAGUAGAACAAGUUUUCGGCUGCAGUUUGUCAGGAUGACGGGCUAAUACAGCCUAAACCGAGAUAGCUAAGGUAGCUUAGCUUAGCUGGUUGUAUUACUAGCUGGUCAGCGUCAAUCAGAUCCGCACGACCAUCUGGGGCAAGUUGGGCUGUUUAUAAGGUAGUUUUCUCUCCGCUGGCGUUCAGGUGCUGCUGUGAAAGGUGAGCUCCAACCCCAGGUGACCAAUGGAGAACUACAGAAAAGCAGGUGUGGUGGAGCAGCCGUGCCCGUGUCCCUUCACUAACCUCCAGCCCAACACUCCUGAGGUCCGGGUGCGGGACGGCAGCAAGAUCCGCAACCUCAUGAAGUUCGCUUUAGGCCGCAUGGAGGGAAAGGCGCCUGUGGAAAGUGCCGGAACUCCAGAGGAACCAGAAACAAGUGCUCCAGCCUCUGGAGAAAGCUUGUGUAGGCAGAUCGUGUUCACAGGAGUGGGUCCGAGCGUGGCGAAGACCAUCACCUGCGUGGAGAUCCUGAAGAGGCGCGUCCGAGGCCUUCACCAGUGCACCCGGCUGCUCUACCGGACGGUGCAGGAGAAGUGGGAGCCGCUGGAGCCGGGGGCCGGCCUGGACAGCCUCACUGUCAGCAGGAACGUGCCUGGAAUUUGGGUUCUGCUCUCCAGAGACCCACUGGACUCGAACCAGCCUGGCUACCAAGCGCCGGGCAGCUUUGAUGCUCUUUGGGCUCAGGCUGUUAAAGAGGAGUCUCAGGGCCAGAGGCAUCAACAGAGGAGGAAAAGAGGAGGAGGAGGAGGAGGAUGGAGUGGAGGUCCUGGAGGUGGUGGUGGUAGAGGAAAAGGCCCCAGGAAGCAGAUGGGACGUCCCAAAGAAGGUCGAAAAACUCCUGGGCAGGCAGGAGGAGGACAAGAGUGAGGACGGUGGUCUUUUCUGUGGGAUGGCAUUUGGAUGGGUGGGGGGGGUAUCUUUUCUUACCAACACUGUGAGUGUGGAGAUGCUCUAUAACUGUGUGAAGGUCAUAUACAGAAAUAGAACAGAGGUUCUCAACCCAAGUUCUAGAGUUCUUUUCAGAUGUUUCCUGCUCAAGCUCACUUAAGGUUGGAUUCACAAAAGAUUUUCGAAGAACAAACGUAUUAAAGGUCUUGAGACAAAUACUGAGCAAAUCAUAAGGAAUGUUCUUGAAUGCAAAGAACACAUGUGCCUCUCUGCCAUGAAUAAAUUUAAAAAGUACUAUAAAACAGUGUCUCAGUCAUCAGGCAGUGAAUUCAUAACCAUUUCAUGUAGGAACUUUCUGUGAGGGAGCUUUUAGAGGUGGACGUCUGGUUCCUAUCACCACCACU